AUGGCAUGGCCCCUUUGCCUGUCCGAGCGCUUCAUUUCGCCCCCUCUUCGAGAGGCAUUUGGCAUCUUGCCCCGCCGCGCGGACGUCGACACCGUUGUCACCUUCCUCGCGGACCAGUUUGUAGGCGACUUUGACGGGAUGGGCAAGGAGUUUGAGAUGCUUUCGCGCGGUGACCGCUCGGACUGCUCCUCCUUGGCGCCGAGGCCCCCGCUCGACAUCGACACGCCGUUCCGCCUCCGCGUGCUCUAUCUCCUUCACUCCGGGGCAAGGAAGCAGGCACGUAUGGAGGUCGAGGCGCGUGCGAGCAGGCUGCGCGCAGGAGAGGAGCAAGGCAGGAGCAGCACACCAGCGAGGCGGGCUCGGAAAAAGGCUGCGAGGCGCGAACAAUCAGUGCUCGACGCUUCAUCCACCGUGAACUCCUCCGCACCCUCACCGCUCCUUGCGCCAAACCCGUCUCAGUCGCUCUCCGCUGCAGCUUUUCUUCCUUUCUCGGCAGACAACUCAUCUCCGUCUUCUAAGCGGAAAUACGCUAAUCCUCCCCUCAAACGCUCGAUUAAGAAGAUCAAGCGCGAGGCGAUCGCAAGCCCCCGACCAUGCACGUCCUGCCGCGCACUCAAGCCGGCCAAGCAGUCACUCCCAUACGGGUUCAAGAAGAAGAAAAAGACGGGGUGGUCGAGUUCGAACAUCAGCAACCGUCUUCUUAUACUCCUCGGGCGUCCACCGCUGCCCAGUCUGCCCAAAGCCGAGAGUGCAAGGAAGGUAGCAGCAAAAGGUCAGGAGAAACCCUUGACCGUACGUGAAGGUCCUAAAAGCUCUUCCGCGAAGCGGCAUGCACCCCCAUUUGAGUCUGAGGUGCGCAACAUUGCGGCAACGGCGUCGACAACGAGCGAAGUGCUCUCAAGCACACCCCCGACGGCUGGUAUCCCGUCACGCACGUUCGCGGCCGUGAUGCGCCUAGUUGCAGGUCUUGGACCUGUGCGCUUAUCGACGCCGACGAGCCGCCCAGCUCCAGGCCGCGCACCGCCCGUCUGGGCACAGUCACGACAGGAGCUAUGUGAAGCCCUGCCGUACUAUCGCGCCUUCCAGUCUGGAAUGUACAUGCAUAAGCGUGUGCCAUUCGGAUAUCUUCUCGACGGAUAUCCCUCUCCGUGA